AUGCCCAUCUAUCACAUCGUUCUCUUCAAGCUAAAGCCAGGCACAACCCCUGAACAGCUGGGUGAAUGGGAAACCCUCGCCCGGGGCAUGGUGGGAAAGAUCCCUGGGCUGGUCAAGUAUGAGGCCAAUACUCCUCUGCCGUCUACUGCACACCGUAGCCAGGGGUAUAACAUGGGCCUGAUUGCAAUCCUGGAGAAGGCCGGCGACGUGAAAGUGUUUGCUGAGCAUCCAGCGCAUUUGGAGUGA